GAUCCGGGGUAUGGUCGAUUGGUUACUAGUAUCGCAAGAGAACGACCCAACCAUCACUGAUACCAAUGUUCGAAUGAUGAUACAGAAUCUUCUACACGCAGGCAUCACAACAACAGAGAGCAUCAUUGAAACAGGGAUUCUUAUAUUGAUGAACUAUCCGGAUAUUCAAAAGAAAAUCCAAAUGUCUAUCGACGCCAAGCUUGGGAGAGAAAGGUUUCCCACAUUAGACGACAGACACAACCUUCCAUACGUUGAUGCUUUCAUCUUAGAAACAUUGCGCUAUACCUCCAACGUCCCGCUUGCAGCGCCACACAAAGCCACGAAGGAUACAUCAUUAGGAGAGUAUUUUAUUCCAAAGGAUACCCAGAUUUGGAUGAAUUUGUUUGGACUUCACCACGACGAGCGACACUUUGCUGAUCCAUGGAUAUUUAAACCAGAACGUUUCCUUGACAAAAACGGUGAUGUUAUUCCAGUCGAUCAAAGAAAGAUGCUGAUGCCAUUUGGCGCAGGAAGACGUGUUUGUAUUGG